AUGUGGAUGGAGGUCUGGCUCUCUGUCAUCUCCACAUAAAGUUGCCUGAAUGUUAUUUUCCCCCUCACUCUGCAGCAGCAAACAAAGAGGACGAUGGAAAGGUCAUUGUGCACGUUGGCUGCAGUGAUUUUGCUGGGAGGAUUUUUAGACACAGCGCUGACAGACAAUACCACAACUGAGACUAGUUCAUUAUUCAACAACAACUCCACUACUACGGCUGAGUCUGUCACUGUGCAGCCGCAGGAUCACAGCAGCGACCGACCGACUCCAACAGCAGCACAGAGAACGUUAUCCACCACUGCUGGCAGAGUCAAACAGCUGGACACCAAGAACAUCAGCCAGGACAGCAAAGAAGAAAGCAACAACAAUGAAGAAGAUAAGAAAACACAACUGGACUGUCCUCCUCUCGGCCUGGAGUCCCUGCGGGUUGAUGACAGCCAGAUUCAGGCCUCUUCCUACCAGCGGACGGGUCUGGGUCCCCACAGGGGCCGGCUGAAUAUCCAGUCUGGCAUUGAGGAUGGGGACCUGUACGACGGAGCCUGGUGUGCUGAGUUUAAGGACCAGCACCAGUGGCUGGAGGUUGAUGCCAUCCACCUCACCCUGUUCACUGGAGUCAUCCUGCAGGGCCGGAACUCCAUCUGGAGUUGGGACUGGGUCCACACCUACAAAGUCCAGCUGAGUAAUGACUCUGUGACCUGGACAGAGUGCAUGAAUGGGACAAAAGAAGCUAUAUUUGAAGGAAACCAGGAUCCAGAGACCCCGGUGCUCGGACUACUUCCUGUUCCUACUGUUGCCCGUUUCAUCCGCAUCAACCCUCAGACCUGGUACUCCAACGGCACCAUCUGUCUCAGGGCUGAGAUACUCGGCUGCCGUGUCGAUGAUCCAACAGAUAUUUACUCUUCAGAACCAAGAUCAAAAGACGCUCUGGACUUCAGACAACACAACUACAAAGAGAUGAGAAAGCUCAUGAAGUCUGUGACUGAAGAGUGUCCCAACAUCACCCGCAUCUACACCAUCGGGAAAAGCUACAUGGGCCUAAAACUGUACGUCAUGGAGAUCUCAGAUAACCCUGGCAAACAUGAACUAGGGGAGCCGGAGUUUCGCUACGUGGCCGGGAUGCACGGGAACGAGGCUCUUGGCCGAGAGCUCGUCCUCAAUCUCAUGCAGUACUUGUGCAGAGAAUACAAGAAGGGCAACCAACGCGUUGUUCGGCUGGUGACUGAGACUCGAAUCCACCUCAUGCCCUCCAUGAACCCUGAUGGAUACGAAGAAGCUUAUAAGAAGGGGUCUGAGCUGGCCGGCUGGGCAGAUGGACGACACAGCUAUGAAGGAAUAGACUUGAAUCAUAACUUUCCAGACCUGAACAGCAUCAUGUGGGACGCCCAAGAGAUGGCAGCAGAUCCAUCUAAAGUCGCCAACCAUUACAUCCCUAUCCCAGAGUACUACACUCAGGAAGACGCCAUGGUUGCGCCAGAGACCCGAGCCGUCAUCAGCUGGAUGCAGGAUAUUCCCUUUGUGCUCAGUGCGAACCUCCACGGGGGAGAACUGGUGGUUACUUAUCCCUUUGACUGCACCCGCGACUGGGCCCCUCAGGAGGACACCCCCACGGCGGACAACGCUUUCUUCCGCUGGCUGGCCUCCGUCUACGCCUCGACUAACCUGGUGAUGUCCAACCCCAACCGCCGCCUCUGCCACUACGAGGACUUCCAGGUACACAACAACAUCAUCAACGGCGGAGCCUGGCACACCGUCCCCGGCAGUAUGAAUGACUUUAGUUACAUGCACACCAACUGCUUUGAGGUGACGGUGGAGUUGUCCUGUGAUAAGUUCCCUCAUGUCAGUGAGCUUCCCAUCGAGUGGGAGAACAACAAGGAGUCUCUGCUGGUUUACAUGGAGCAGGUUCACAGAGGCAUUAAGGGUGUGAUCAGGGACAAGCUGACCAGACAAGGGAUAGCAGAUGCUGUCAUCAAGGUGGAGGACCACGACCACGACAUCCGAUCAGCCACUGACGGGGACUACUGGCGUCUCCUGAACCCGGGGGAGUACAAGGUGGUGGUUUGGGCUGAGGGUUACUUCCCGUCUGUGCGUCACUGCCAUGUUGGAAUGGAGCCACAUCCCACCAUCUGUGACUUCACCCUGACCAAAACGCCCAUUCAGAGGCUGAAGGAGAUCCGGGCCAAGGGAGGAAAGAUCCCCCAGGACCUUCAGCUGCGUCUUCGUGCUCUGAGGCUCCGCAAGCUUCGCGCCAGCACCAGGACCAUCAACCAGCGCAGGGAGAGUCAGCGGCUGAAGCAGGCCAGGAGAGCGUGAGAGGAGAUGAGACGAGGAACUGAAGAAGUCCCAAAGAGACGCUGGAUGGAUGCAAAAAGUUCAGUUAUAAACUGAGAAAUAGGGAAUACUGACAUGUUCCUCUCAGAGAGGACACUAAUAAAGGGUCAGUUCACUCAAUUUACUAAAAUAUAUUUUUCUGCAUAGCCCCAGUGAUAUCAAGAAAUGCAGAAAGUUUAAUAUGGUGAAAUAUCUGCCUCUGAGAUUUGUAUGUGCCGAUCACAGCUUUAAAUUCAUUAAAUUCAAUAAAAAAAAAAAAAAAUACAGUGAUGUAUUUGGGUGUACUGACCCUUUAAGGCAGAUUAAACCAGGACAGUUUUACACAAAAACAAAGACACGUGUGUAACCUCUAAAAUGUUACACAAGCUGAAGAACUCUAUGGACAUCUUAACAUUUAUAGACAGGCAUUGUUGAAUGAUAAAGCUGUUGUGUUUGUUGAAGACUGAGUUGAGGAUUUAAGUGUCAGCUGGUCUGAUAUGUGACAAUGUUUCUGUUUUUGUUUGACUAAAGUCCAACAGGACCAAAAAAUCUCAAAUAAAUAUUACUUAUUUG